GGAUUUUAAUUGGUGGUUUUCAUUGUUUACUUUUCAUCUAGCUUAGAGAUAUUUUAAAUUUUGUUUUACUACAUGUGAAAUCUUGACAAGAGAAAGAUAAUACAAGAGAGAAAAUACUCAUUCAGAGAGAAAAUGAAGGUUCCCUGGAUUAGGCUGGUCACUUAAAGGAAGUGUGAUUUAGGCAGAAGACCUAAUAAUUUGCCUGCCACUGGAACCCUACAGGAAAGGAGUGAAUCGUCCUUGCUCCAUGGAGAGCAGCCAUUCAUCUGGAAGAAGGGUGUGUCCCUACGCUUUUACCUGGGAGCAAUGAUGAUCUUGUCAAGCAUUUCAGUGAGACCAGCCCAAGUUUUUAGGGUGGGGAUCCGGACUGGUUAUACGUACCUUCAGUCCUUCUCCCAGAGGAAGGCAGAAACACCUCAAAGCCUGCAUGUAAGAACAUCUACUGAGAAAUUAUUUUAAUCAGACACCACCUGAGUAGGGGAAAGAGAAAGAACAGAGAAGAACAAACAAAACUCCCUUGGUCUUGGAUGUAAGAGAAGCCAGCAGCAGCCAUGGACUGGCACUCCCUCAGAACAGCUGCCGUGCUGCUCAUCUUCCUGGUGGUGGUGGAAGUUAAUUGUGAAUUUCGAAUCCAGGUGAGAGAUUACAACACUAAAAAUGGCACCAUCAAGUGGCAUUCAAUCAGAAGACAAAAGCGUGAAUGGAUCAAGUUUGCCGCAGCCUGUCGUGAAGGUGAGGACAACUCGAAGAGAAACCCAAUUGCCAAAAUUCACUCAGACUGUGCUGCAAACCAGCAAGUAACAUACCGCAUCUCUGGAGUAGGAAUUGAUCAGCCACCUUAUGGAAUCUUCAUCAUUAAUCAAAAAACCGGGGAAAUUAAUAUAACAUCCAUAGUUGAUCGAGAAGUCACCCCUUUUUUCAUUAUCUACUGCCGGGCUCUAAACUCACAAGGCCAGGAUCUGGAGCGGCCUCUGGAACUCCGAGUCAGGGUUUUGGAUAUAAAUGACAACCCUCCAGUAUUUUCAAUGACUACAUUUCUAGGACAAAUAGAAGAAAAUUCUAAUGCAAAUACACUUGUGAUGAGACUCAAUGCUACUGAUGCAGAUGAACCAAACAAUUUGAACUCAAAAAUAGCCUUCAAGAUCAUAAGUCAGCAGCCUUCUGAUUCACCAAUGUUUAUCAUCAACAGAUACACGGGAGAAAUUCGAACAAUGAAUAAUUUUCUAGACAGAGAGCAAUAUGGCCAGUAUUCUCUUGCUGUAAGAGGCUCAGACAGAGACGGUGGGGCAGAUGGCUUGUCAGCAGAAUGUGAAUGCAACAUUAAAAUCCUUGAUGUCAAUGACAACAUUCCAUUGUUGGAACUGUCUUCAUAUUCCGUCAGUAUUGAAGAAAACGCCCUCAAUUCAGAACUGCUCCAGAUUAGAGUGAUUGAUUUGGAUGAAGAGUACUCAGCUAACUGGGUGGCGGUACCUUUCUUUAUCUCUGGAAAUGAAGGCAAUUGGUUUGACAUAGUAAUGAAUGAAAGAACAAAUGUGGGAUUUCUAAGGGUUAUUAAGCCCCUAGAUUAUGAAGACAUGAAGAAUCUGCAACUUAGUAUUGGUGUUAGAAAUAAAGCUGAAUUUCAUCAUUCAAUUAUGUCUCAAUAUAAACUCACAGCCACUGCAAUCUCCGUGACUGUCUUGAAUGUAGUUGAAGGAUCCGUAUUCCGUCCAGGUUCAAAGACAUUUGUAGUAACCAGUAACAUGAAAGCAAAUUCUAAAGUGGGAGAGUUCGUAGCUACUGACCUGGACACAAAUCUACCUUCAACAAGUGUAAGAUACGUAAUGGGGAAUAAUCCAGCCGACCUGCUGUCUAUUGACUCAAGAACAGGCGUCAUCACUUUGAGGAACAGAGUUACCAUGGAACAACACGAAAUGCUCAGAGGAAGAUAUCAAGGAACAAUUCUGUCUAUAGAUGAUUCACUUCAAAGAACUUGCACUGGUACAGUUAUUAUCAACCUUGAUGGGUCUGGCUGGGUAUCUGGAACUGAAACUAAUACAGGUAGCAAUACAGGAAGUGAAACAGGUGGAGGUGGAGAAACAGGUACAAAUGCAGGUACCAACACAGGUGGUACCAGUACCAAUACUGAUACCAAUACCAAUACCAAUACCAAUGAAAAUAAUGGAGGUGGUACCAUUGGUGGCACAGAUGAGAAUUCUUCCACUAAUGAAAACACUAACACCAACACAAAUGCCGGUGACGGUGAAACAAGCGGAUAUGAUGGUCGGCAAAGACUCUCAGAUAAUGUACACUUUGGUCCUGCUGGCAUCGGAUUACUCAUCAUGGGCUUCUUGGUGCUGGGAUUGGUUCCAUUUUUGUUGCUCUGUUGUGACUGUGGAGGUGCCUCUGGUGGUGGAGCCGGCUUCGAGCCUGUUCCGGAAUGUUCAGAUGGAGCGAUUCAUCCAUGGGCAGUUGAAGGACCCCAGCCUGAACCCACUGGUUUGGCCACUAUCUGUGUACCACAAAUGCCACCUGAUAAUGCAAAUAUAAUAGAAUGCAUUGACAAUUCAGGAGUUUAUACCAAUGACUACUGUGGCAGAGAAAUGCAAGAUCUGGGAGGAGGAGAAAGAACAACAGGAUUUGAACUAAUGGAUGGAGUUAAAGCAUCAGGAGCACCUGAGAUAUGUCCAGAAUAUCCUGGAACAUUAAGAAGAAGCUCCAUGAGGGAAUGUAGAGAAGGAGGUCUGAAUAUGAAUUUCAUGGAAAGCUACUUCUGUCAGAAAGCAUACGCUUAUGCAGAUGAAGAUGAGGGGCGUCCAUCCAAUGACUGCUUGCUCAUCUAUGACAUUGAAGGUGUAGGUUCCCCGGCCGGCUCCGUGGGUUGCUGUAGCUUCAUUGGAGAAGACCUGGAUGACAGCUUCUUGGAUACACUGGGGCCUAAGUUUAAGAAGUUGGCCGACAUCAGCCUGGGGAAAGAUACAGAAUCCUAUCCGGACCCUGAUCCUGCUUGGCCACCUCAGAGCACUGAACCCAUGUUCCCCCAGCAGGGGCCGGAGCCAGUUUCCAAUGGCCACCCACCAAUCUCCCCACAUUUUGGCACCACCACAGUAAUCUCUGAGAGCACCUAUCCCUCAGGACCUGGUGUGCAGCAUCCUAUGCCUAUUUCUGAUCCUCUAGGCUAUGGGAAUGUCACUGUGACCGAGUCCUACACUACCUCUGGCACUCUGAAGCCCUCUGUCCACCUUCAUGAUAACCGACAUGCGUCAAACGUGGUGGUGACAGAGAGGGUGGUGGGCCCAAUCUCUGGCACUGAUUUGCAUGGAAUAUUAGAGAUUCCUGACUUGAGAGAGGGGUCAAACGUUAUAGUGACAGAAAGGGUGAUAGCACCAGGGUCAAGCCUCCCCACCUCUCUGACUGUCUCUAAUCCUAGAGAGUCUUCAAAUGUGGUAGUGACAGAAAGAGUCAUCCAACCUACUUCUGGCAUGAUGGGCAGUCUGAGUAUGCAUCCGGAGUUAUCCAACGCCCACAAUGUGAUUGUGACAGAGAGGGUCGUUUCUGGUGCGGGAGUAAGUGGAAUCAGUGGCACAGCUGGGAUAAGUGGAGGCGGAGGCUUAAGUAGCAGUGGCCUGGUUGGCACCAGCAUGGGUGCUGGUGGUGGGGGCCUGAGUGGAGCUGGGAUAAGCAGUGGUGGCAUCGGGCUGAGCAGCCUGGGUGGAGGCGUGGGGGGGACAGCUACCAUUGGUCACAUGAGGAGUUCCUCUGACCAUCACUUUAGCCAGACCCUUGGAUCUGCCUCUCCUAGCACCACUCGAAGUCGAAUCACGAAGUAUAGUACGGUACAGUAUACCAAGUAGUCAGGACCCCAGCACAGUUUUUCCUGGUAUUUGUGAUUUAGAAAUUCUCAUCAUCAAAAAACUAUUUUGAUGCACACUUAGGUGCUAAGAUAAUUGUGGAGUAAGUUGAGAAACCACAACAAAAAGUAAUUGGAAACAUUGCUAUGAGGGAAGCACUCUCCUUAGCACCUGCAAACUUUUUUCUUACAUUAGUCCUAAGGAAAUCAUGACAGUGAACUGAAACUUGCAACAAGGUCUUCUUUGUGUCUCUGUGGCCUACCAGGUCUUUGCAUGUGUGGCCUGUAGUGUAUCUCCAGCAAGCAAAAUAAAGAGAGCUUGGUCAUGUGAAAGCACUGACUGUAAGUGGCCAUUGGCACACUUCUUGCUCUGCUGGGAUUUGCCUUGUAGCUGAGGCAACACUCAAAAAGAACUAAAUGUGCAAUAUGUGCCCAUGCACUGACCCUGUCAGUCUCACAAAGGUAAUAUAAAUAAAAAGCCAGCCACAGAUUCAGGCCAGGAUUAGCCAUUAAAAAAAAUAUCUGACAACAUAGUCAAGCUCACAAGCCACCAAACACUCUUACCUUAAUAACUGCACUAGAGAAGACGAAUUUCACAUCAGGAAACAUUUCACAGCAGCGAAAUUCUGUAUGAGAGAGGCCAUAGGAUGAGACUAACUUCAGGUAAAGCCACAACGUCUGAGCCCGAAUCUUAACAUGAGGCUCCCUUCCUGUGAAAUUAGGAUUAUUCUGAUUCUAGCUUGUGUUUAACAGUAGAUUUGCUCUUGAAAAAUACUGCUUACUGGUGAGGUUGUGGGAUAUCACACUCAUUUUCCCGUUGACCAGUGUGGUUCUGACUCACUAAGGAAAAACUGGCCGCGGUUACUUCCCAGACAGAAGCAAGUGACAGUCGACACGGUUGUCAGUGUGAGUGGCAAAUUGCCUUCCAUGAAGCAGGUGGGGGCUACGUUGUAUUUUCAGAUUGUGUUCUUAGUGCAUCUUAGCCACUCACUUACAGUGUUUUAUUACAUAGCUCCACAUUAAAACAAUUUGCUUAAGGUGAGCUGUGGGAAACAAAAGCUUUUAAUGUGGUUAAGCUUUGAGGGAUUUUUUUAAGGGAUCUAAAAAAAUGUUUUUAGGAAAUGUAAACCAUCUAAUGGGGAAAGUUAGAAAGCAAUUUCUUGGUAAAGUAAUACCAUACUAAUUCUUAGCUUUAAUGGAGUUUAGAACUUCUUCUAACAACCCUCUGCUUAAAGAGCUAGACCAGGAACCUUUAACAGAGUCGAUGGUAUUGUGUUGGCAAAAAUGAAAGAGUACUAGACAAAGUCAUUGCUUUAGUCCAGGCCAUCCCCUAACAAAAUUUUCUAACUAGAAAAUUUUUAAAUUUCUGAUUUGAUUUGUCAAAGAAGUUCUUGGUUUCUAUAUGCUCUGAAUUAUAGUCUUCAAAUAAUAUAGUAUGAUAUAUUUUUUGAGCUUCAAAAUUUAACAUGGUCUUAUUUAUGAUGUAUUAUUUCUGUGUGUUUGCUAUAUAGUGUUCCCUGAUUUAAAAUCUAAAAGAAGAUCAAAGCAUUCUAAGAGAUAGGCAAAUUUAUUAUUAGGGAAAUUCUUUUCUCUUUUUUAAGUUCAAUGUGAAUACAAGCUUACUAAACUGAUAUGACAAAAUAAAAUUAGUAAAAUAAACUUUUUGCCCUGCAGUUGUGAAUUAUAUACAAGUUUUAAGAAAUUUUCCCCUGAGUACUCAAAUUCCUCAGAAUGUACAAGGUCAAAGAAUAUUCAACUUCCAAUCAUUGUCAAAGGUGGCUAGGAGUGAAUUAUUCUAUUCAGAGCCAUUUUGCUCUAUAUAAUUGUUGAUAAGCUUUAUAUUUUUAAAGCCACAAUAUACAUCUUAUUUUAACUCUGUAGAAUAUGCAAAAUUUUGACAGUCUUUAACAUGCCAAAUUGCGGAGGUGUAAAUAAAGUCAUUCAAAGGGAGUCUUUCUUUUAUUUCUUCCCGCCAUUUAAGGAACUACAUUAAGGAUGGAUAAUUUUUCCAGAAAUAUAGUCAAAAGGUAUUUGUUGAAAUAUGCUUGAGUAUAUCUGGAUCCAGGAGUUUGAAGGAAUAGAAAUAAUUACUAAUUAAUUAAUUAAAGAGAAUGUUAUCUAUGUAUAGCAAACAUUUUUUGUUUUGAUAUGACAUAUCAUCACAAGUCUUUUUGUAUGACAACUGAUACCUUGCAUAGAUAUUUUUAGGGUAUCUCACAAAAUACAGAGUGAUCAUCUCUACUAGCUGAUUUUCUUAAAAUCCAUCAGUUAUAUAAAACUAUGGAAAAUACAAGGAAAAAAUGGCAGUAUUGGUCAUCUAUCUUUCUAGGAAGAUACUUUCAAAUCAUUUUCUCUUUUUUUAGGAUUUCACAUUGAUGUUUUAUGCUGCUUUUAAAAUUUUACAAUCUCCUUUUUACAAACAACCAUUUGUUUAAAGGCAUGAUGCUUUUUAAUGAACAGCCUUUGGACAGAAUUUCUUUCUUGUUUUAAGAUACUUUACUCUAACUCAUGUACACCAUUCCGUAUACCUGGAAGGGAAAUGGAAAUCCGUUUAUAAGAGAAAAGGUGUAAUUCAAAUCCAUAUUGCUUGCUGAAUCCUAUCACAACUUGCUAUCAACAAAAGCAAGAAGGAAGAGAGAGUAAUUUAAUGUUAUAUAUACAUGGUUUGCAGCUCAACCAUGGUAUCUGUACAUCUAAUUUUCUAAAGAGGUAUCCAUAAGGACAAAAAUUAAUGUAUCAUACAUUAUUCAUCAUUUAUAUCAACUAAAAUACCAUCUUGACUUAAUUUUGACAUUGAAUCCUAAACAUAUCUGCUACAUAGUUUUUACCUCUAUGCAUAUUGUUUGAUAUAUUUGUUUUGCACUGAAAAUUGACAGAAAAAGUGUAUUUUGGGGUUAUUUAUAUGCUUUCAUAUAUAUAUCUGUUUUACAUUUGUGUAUAGAGAUUUCCAUUCAAGAUGAUAUUUUGACAGUUUUUUAAAGCAUAUAUCCUCAAAAAUUAAAUGUUACAGUAAGUGGGUAUUUCUAGUUAUCUACACAAUUUAUUUCUGAAUUUAUACCAAAAUUUGAGUAUCAGCCAAGACAUAGCACUCAUGACACUCUUUGACUUUAGUAGGAGAAUAAAAGUGUUAUAAAACAUGCUAAAAAUUUUUUAAAAGGCUAUGGCUAUAUUGAAAAGACAUUUAAAACUCAAAACAAACUUUCAAAGUACUUACCACAUUUUCUAUGCCUGUUUAAUGAAUUCCAACCUUUUGGGGCAUUGCCAAUAUUUUUAGGACCUACUUCACAUGACACUAGAACAUACCAAUCCAUAGUAGGUUGCUAGUACCCAUGCAAUCAAACCUGUCUUCCAAUUCCAGAUUAUUCAAUUUAUAUUUGGACAAAUUGGGAAAAGAUGAAUCUAUUAUCUAACAAAAAAGUUUAAAGCAAGGAAUAAUUUAUUGUGUAAUUGCCUACAUUGCCUUCUAUUUUGCUGUUUACACACUUGAUGGUCAAACUGUACUUAGUCAACUUUAGUUUUCUUUUGCUGUCUAUCUUACAAGUAUUUUUGAACUCUAAUAAUCAUCUUUGGUGAUGUAUAAAGCUUUUGAGUUUUUUGGGUACUGGUUCCUUGCUUGGUCAUCUUUUGGCUUUUCCAAGUCGGUUUGUAAUUACCAAAGAGCUGUGUUUACAUCAAUAAAAUUAUUGAUAUGCA